GCAAACUCUAUAAAGUUGUGCUUACUAAAAUGCUGUGGAUAUGAAGAACCAAGAUUCAAAAUUAUUGACGUCUUCCUCUGCAUUACAGCCAACUGGCUUUUGGUCCUUUUUUCCAAGGUGGAAAAAUGCACGGUAUUCAGUCUGAGUUGUUUUUGCCUGGAUUCACAAAAGUAGGAGAGGAGAGGUGAGGAGGAUGCAGUGAUAUCUCUCGGCAAAAUAAUGACAAUAAUGCAAAUAAGCUUAAAACUUAAAAUCUGGCUGCACAUCAUUUUGUGGCUUUGUUUUCAGCGAGUUCUGCAGGAUGCAGCUGCAGGCUUUGAUCCGACUUCUCAAAGAACUGACUCCUCAGUGUCUGAUGCAAACUUGAUGUUUGAGUUCUUGCUGGGUGGGGUAGAGAUCGACCAGGACAACAACAUUGUUCUGCUUGACAAGGAGAUGGCAUCAAUGAGGUCGGGGCGGGCUUUCCUGGCUAAGGUCAAUGACAGCAUUCCCAGAAGUCUCAGCCCCAUGGUGCAGAUGGUGGACACACUAAAGAGUCAGAGGAGACCGAUGACUCAGGCUCAGUUUGACAGUCUUGUCCUGAACCUGGUGUACUCUGCCCACCAGGCCUGGCACCAGGACACGAAAAAGGAACAGGAGCGCUGGGGAGGAGUGCUCCUCCAGCUGGUAAACAUCACUGUCCAUGAGCUACGCGGAAAUUAUCUCUUCAAUUAUGCUUAAUACAGAUGCUGUUCUGUAUGAGAUGAAGGUGUGUGCAAUAAAUCA